UUUCCUCAUUCUCUCUGAUCCACUCCCCCAACAACCUCCCUUCCACCAUGACGCUGCUGGCUUCUGAGAGGUCACUGCUUAUCCGGAACAAGUUCCGCUCAGUCCUGCAGCUGAGAAUUCAGAACCGAAGACAGAGUGAAAUCAAUGCAGACCCUGGGUUGAAAUCUACCAGCCUCCCUCAAAAACCAGAGAAAGACCAGAGUAAAACUCGGUGUCCAACUGAUGAUGGUGCCACUCAGAAGUCGCCCCCUAGUGGUCCGAACACUGAAACUGCACAAGAGAGAACAGUGUGUGGCGCCCAGAGGCAGAAGAAGGCUUGCCAGGCGGAGGACCUCACUGAGAGGAUCCAGCAUCCGCCUGGACCUGUUGAGCAAAAGCAUGAACACACGCUGCCCCUGGAGAACCGUCCUGCCCCUUUCCCUCUGUCUGCUGAUGUCUUCAAAGAUGACAUCUCCACCUGCCCCUCCUCCUCGCCCAUUGAGCAUCAUGGCAUUCACCAGUUACCGGUCUUUAAUUCUUUGCCAGAGCUCUCAGGUGACCAAUUACUGAGUGACUUCUCAGCUGUGGCCCUGCCCCUUAACCACAGCCCCAGUCAUCCUCAGUCUGGUUUGGUGUUGCCCCCGGCAACCGAGGGCAUCAGACAACCUAUGAGUGUAACACCGGCUGAAUCAAAUUCCAUGGCAACAACUGGGAGACCAAAUGGGAUGUAUCUGACCUCUCAGCCCACACCCCUGCUGCCAAAGACAGCUCGGCCUCCUAGCCCCACUUGCUCCUCAUCCCUCUCCCCGCCUCUCAACUUUAACAACCUCCCCCACUCACGGAAACCGAGGGACACAAAACCCAAAAUGAGGAAACUCAAGUAUCACCAAUACAUUCCUCCAGACCAGAGAGGGCUGUCUGGGACUGGAGGGGGAGGCACCAAACAGAAGUGCCCUACCCCUACGCAGUCUUUAGACCCAGCCUAUUCCCAUCUCCUGAAUCAGCAACAGGUCUUCCUCCAGCUGGAAAUCCUCCAAAACCAGCAGCAACAGCAACAACUACAGCAACAGCUCACUGUUGUAUCCAGCAGAGAUCAUAGUGAUCCUGUGAAGUCCACUGGAGCCGUGCCCAUGAACCCCCAACCUCUUCCCGCCACAGCAAACCACACCUCUAUGCAUACAAGCCCAGGAUCCAAACCUGAGCUUCUCCCUGCAAAUCUUGUUGAUCUAACAGUGUCAGAGUUGCGGCAGCAGCUGCGUAAACGUGGUCUCCCUGUCUCCGGCACCAAGCCUGCACUAUUGCAGCGUCUCCGCCCCUUCCAGCUUCCCCAUGCUUGCCUCACUCCUACUCCCCUCUCCCAGCUGGGUACCAGCAUGGAGCUCCUUACUUCCUGCCCCCCACUGCCAGCCAGUCAGAGCCCCAGCUCAAGCUCAAGCUCUGGACCAGAUUCACCUAGCAGCAGCCCAAACAGGGGAAUUCCUAAUGGGAUUCUCAGUGACACUCCAAAUGGCAUUCUGAAAGCCAGUGGUUUAACAAAUGCUGCAUCAGUGGGUUUGGCAGGUGAACAGUGUGGUAUUUCCAGGGCUAUUUUCCUGGCACCUACCAGCAGUGCCUCAGGAACUCCCAGUCCCACUCUACCCCUGUCGUCCUCCUCACCCCUGCAGAGUGGGACUCUGUGGACAAUUAAGAAGGAGCAGCAGGAGCUGAGUGUGGAGCUAGAAAUGAGGGAGAGGAUACGAAGCAGGCCCAGGGACCGCUCUGAUAACACUGGCACAGAGUCUUGUGGAGGAUCCCUUCAUCCUUUCCUGCAACAGGGUCCAGGAUACACUAAAGGGAAGCCAGAAACAAAUGCACAAACAGAGGUGUUGUUUACACAGGUGUUUAGCUGCCAACAGUGUGAUGUGAUCGGCCAGGACUACGAGCUGCCAGUGCAGAUUACAGCAAGUCCUGUUCAGACUGUGCACAGUGUUCGCAGCUUGGAAGAAGAACUGCAGGAGGCUAUCCAGAAAGCACAGAUGGACCCUCGGCAGUCCAUAGAUGACAUUCUAGAUGAGCCUAUUACUUGUGUUGGUUCUGUCACUGUGUCUGAUCAUAAAUCCAUAGCCCACUCUGCCCCCAGCCGUGCACCUUCUCCUCAGGCUAUUCAGUCCCAGUCCUCCCAGCAGUACAACAGGGAUGACAACUUCCUGCCCUCACCCCUUUGCUCCUCUCUCUUGUUGGAGCUUCCUCCAUCUCCUGCUGUAAUAAACCCCAGCCAGGUUGUCCCAGCGCCUCCUCCACCCCUCAUCUGUAUCUCCCCUCUGCCAUCCACUGGAAAGUCACGGAAACGACGGGCUCCAACACCAUUUGAUGCUGCAGACUGGCUUGAAACACUGGCUGGAAACGCUGACGUCUGGCCUCCGCCCGCUUACCCCGCCAGCAGCUCCCUUUGUUGA